AUGCUUAUUAAUACAAAACGAACUUGUUCAGUUCAUCUUGGUCUUGGAGAAUUUCAUCGAAAUAGUUCAACUAAUAAUAUUGAAUUUGUUGGUAUUGAAUAUAGUGCAAAAGAAUUUAAUGUUUAUUCAUGGAAAGAUAUGUAUAAUACACCAAAUCAUCCAAUAUUAGAAGAUGUUGUUUAUUGGGAUCCACAUCCACAACCAUCGAAUCAUCCAUGUUUUUCUAGUUUAUUAAUUGAUCAUUAUGGUCAUCUUGAUGCAAUAAGUAUUAUUCGAAAUAUAACUAGUUUAUUAGAAACAGGCAAUACAUUAAAUUUAAUUAUUGAUUAUGGUGAAAAUGCAGCUUAUCUUGCAUAUAGUGCACCUGAUGAUCCACAAGGACCAAUUGAAGCUUUUAAUCGAGUUCAUAUUCGAAUUGAUAUGAUGAAAUUAUUUGCUGAACCUCCACCGAAAUUUGAAGAUUUAAAAUAA